GGUUUCAGCAAUCUAAAUUUCCACAAACUAGGCCUAAUGAGAUAGAAGUAGAAACAACAUCAAAGUUUGAUUUUGGAAGUGUAAGAAUGUUGGGUAUUGAAGACACAAAGACGGACUAGUUUGGUGAAAUAUUUUUGUUGCAUUUCCAAUGGCAGCCUUUAAUGAACCUGAUGAAGCAGUACUGGCUGAUCGGAUGAGCAGAUUAGAUAUUACUGGGAGAGGAGCGGAAGCUGGAUCUGGAUCUCUACAUCACAGACAGCAGAAUAACCAUGAUAAAAGAGAGUCUAGUGAAAUUGAAGAUGAAACAUGGAAUCCUCCUUCUAAAAGAGAACCAAACUUGGAAGGCAGAGAGUCCACAGGACAGGAUGGAAAAGAUAGAAAAAAUAAAAUGACUUCAGGGGAAAGCACUUCUUCAUUUGGAAUGCAGGAGAAUAAUAACCAAUCAGGAACAGCUGUUAAACAAUGGAGAAUUAAAAUAGACAGCAAAGAUCAUAAAAUAUUUUUAGAAGAACUUAAUUUCAAAGAUUACUUCAUGGAAAAGAACAAAUCAAGGACGGUGGACUUUAAGUAUACAGAUACUGGGUCAGAAUUUUAUUUGGAAAGUUGUUGUUCAUCGGAGGACAAAAAUAAAAUUGAAGAGGAAAUGAAUCUGUUCCUCUCUAGUAUAAAGUCACAAACAUUGCCUUUAGAUUCCAAAGUCCUUGAACUUCUUUUUACAGAAGAGGGCAGUUCUUUUUUGAAAGAUGAAUUAAAGAAAAGAGAAUCUUUUGGACACUGGAGACGUGCAAAUUCAGGAACUGUACGUAUUUUUGCACACCCAUCAAGUAUGGAGAAAGUAUCUAGAGCAAUAGAAGAAUGUUUCAUUCAAGGGGAAGUCUCUGUUCAUGAGUUGGGGUACUUUUAUUUUACUACACCAACAUUUCAGAAAUUGAAAGAAAGAAUAGGAGACAAAACUUUGAAAGUGGAAAGAAAGCUAGGUUUAAUUUCUUUUGCAGCAAUAAAACCUAUAGCUGAUGAGAUAUUUUCAGAAGUGAAAAAGUAUAGAAAUCCUCAGUGUUUAAAUGAUUCAAUAUUUACCCCAACACAGCUUAAAGCAAUUAAACUAUGGGGGAAAAAAUUGGAAUCCUUGCAAGAGAAAAAGAUGGCAUUUCUGAACGAGUUGCAUUCAGAAGGCAAAUAUUUGGACAUUGACACAAAAUUAUUGGAUAUGCCAAAAGUUAAAAAAUAUGUGGAUGCCAUGUUGAAAGAAUCAAAAGUUAAUGCCUUGUAUGAAGCUGAGUCGCGCAGUUGUUUGAAUAUUAUAGCGUGUAAUCAGAAUGAAGCAAAGAGAGCUGAAACAAUUUUGAGAGAUGCUCUUAAAACAAUGGAAUUUGGGUAUACAGAUGAAUUAAAGGAAAGAUUACAGUCAGAAAUAUUUAAGAAGAUGGAGAAAAAAUAUUGGGAAGGCAAAUAUUUAUAUGAAGGACUAAAUACAGAAGACGUUGUAGUUUUACUGGCAACAAAUGACAUAAUAGAAGCUCUAUCUGAUUUCUUAAAUGAUAAAAACCCAACAGAAUGGGAAGAAAAGUAUAAAAGAAGCUUAAAGAAAGCUGUAGAGACAGAGCUUGUCAUGAACCAUGAACAGACUGAUUUUAAUGAAAAGCAACUUGAAAGAAAAUUUCACUGCACAGUUUUGAGGAAGACUCUUGAACCACAGUUGGCUAACUGUUGGAUAUUGAAAAAUGAGAAAGAUCCACAGAAUUCACCAUAUUUCCGAGUUCAUCAUAUUGCAGGACAUGCAGAGUCCUUGAUUGUUGAUGUAGUGAUGUGUCCCUGCAGUUCUUUUUUAUGGCCUUUAAAUGAAUGUUUUCUACAAUGUGUUAAGGAAGACUUGCAGAAAACAGAUGAAAGACAUGAAGUUGGAUCAGUGGUGGAAAGGCUGGCACCAGAUGGAUUUGGGUGUCAGAAAAUCAUGUACUUGAUCAUGUGUGAGCCAAAUUCCUGUAAAAAGCUUGACAUAUUAAAGUCUGUGAUUAUUGAUGCUUUGAUGAAAGCUGACAAAUCAUCUUAUGCAUCAUUGGCUAUUCCACUUCUACCCGAAGAAUUGAUGAGUAUCAAAACACAAGCUAAAGAAAUAUCCAGAGCAAUUAGUCAUUUUGUAAAAUUCACAAAACUUGAAAAUGUUGAAGAAAUAUUCUUAUGUGAAUGCAGUGGCAAGCUAACAGAAGAAAUACAGCAUCAGUUGAAUAAAAUGCUCUGUUCACUGGAGGGAUACAUUGAUUUCAAAGCUUUACAUCAAAGUGCUGUGGAAAUGGAAACACUUCAAGCAAACAAAUCAAGUAAUUCAUGGAAGAUCAGUAUUGACAUUACCAAGGGUUCAUUAGUUUCUCAAGAGGUUGAAGUUCUUGUUAAUACAUGUAGAAGAGAUCUGGAUUUGAGUCAGGGAGCAAUUUCGUCUUCAAUAUUAAAUAAGGGGGGGAAAGUAAUACAGGAAGAUAUUCAAAAGAAAUAUCCAAAUGGAAUUAAAUUUGCUGAAGUUGCAGUAUCUCGGGUUGGUACAUUGAAUUGCAGACACAUCUUCCAUAGUGCUCUGUUUCUCUGGACCCCACACGGAAAUUUCUCUCUAAAGGUUCUAAAACUGAUGAUUUGGAACUGUUUGGCAAAGGCUGAUGAGCUAAGAUGCAAAACUAUAGCAUUUCCAUCACUAGGAACAGGAAACCUGGGGUAUCCAUACCAGCUUGUAGCAGAAACGAUAUACCACACAGUAGAGUGUUAUGAGGAGUGCAACAAAGACACAAACAUAACAGAUGUUAAACUUGUUUUAUUUGAGGACGUCUGUAUCCAACAAUUCAAGGCCACUGAACGUAGAAGAAAGCAUUCUCAGUUAUUUCAAUCCAGGGAAGAAAAACACCCCAGUGAAUUUCUGACAAGCUCUUUUCAGUCUGUAUUGGUCGAUUUAUUACCCUCAAUGUCUGAGUGGAGAUGGGGAUGUUUACUAAAAAUCGGCUUUACUGUGGGGAAAGAGAACAACAGAGGACCUGUAUGGGAUGACUCUGAUGAUUGUUGGAGACUUCUCAUUGAUCCACCUAGCACUUCUUUGAUGAGUAACUUGUCUGCUACAGUAAAAUCAUUCCUUCACAGUAACCCACUUGAGGAAAUUCUGAAGAACAGAAGAAUAUCAUCAGUAGAACUUACUCUAGAGCAGCAUAUUCCUUGUAGCAUUGAGGCACAGAUGCAUCAUUUUCUUUGGAUGCUGGAAAAUGUACAAGAACAUUUCAUUCAGCAUGUCCUUAUAGUAUUUCCAAAUAAGGAAACGCUCAAAAGCUAUUCUGAGAAUCAGAAGCCUGAUGUUAAAUUGGGCCCCUUGAAAAGUGGCAGAAGAAAAUUUUUAGCUCCCAUCAUGUAUGAAAUAUCUGGCAAUGCUCAAGAUGUAUCCCAAGCUAAACAGGAGCUUCGUAGUAUUUUAACCAAGAAUGAAGAAAAGAAGAAAGUAAAAAAUUACAAAACGUGUAAUUCAUUUCUUCGUGAACAAGGUAAUUUAUAUAGUUAAUGCUUAUAAUUCAAUUUCAGUGGAAAAUGA